UCCUCUGGGACAGCGGAAGUCCUGCUUGGAUUGCGUGCAGCGAGAUGGAGUGGACACGCAAGGCCGCGUCUUUUCUGCUUCUCUUCCUGGUGCUCGGCGUCGGCGUCCUCGCGGGCAGUGGGCCGGUGGACGAGAAGGGCGGCGAGCCCCCCGCGCAGAAACGCCAGUCCCGCUCCUCGGAGCCGAAGAGCACGGUGGGCGGCAGGUGCUCCUACACCUUCGUGGUCCCCCAGCAGCGGUUGACGGGGGCGCUGUGCCUGAGCGUGAGGGGGGCCGGCGGGGAGGAGGAAGGCCUGAACCGGACGGAGCUGGGGGAGCUGCGGGGGGAGGUGGGCCGGCAGCGGAGCCGGCUGGAGCAGCUGACGCGGCAGGUGGAGGUGGGCGGCGGCCUGGCCGGCGAGGUGCAGCUGCUGCGCAAGGAGAGCCGCAACAUGAGCUCCCGCAUUGUCCAGCUGCACACCCAGCUGCUGCACGAGAUCAUCCAGAGGAAGGACCAGUCCCUGGAGGCCAGCCAGUUGGAGAACCGCAUCCUCAAUGCCACUGCCCAGGUGGGAGGCCUUUUCAGGCUGCAUUUUAAGACCUGUUGUAGAGAUAGAGAGGACACCCUGGCCUCUGUCGUCAACAAUCAGAGUCUGCUCAUCGCCCGCCUGGAGAGGCACUGCCUGCCCGCUGUUGACGACCCGACUCCAGAGAAGAGCUCGGUGCUGCCCCCGCAGGUCACAGUGGUGCCCGCUUCCCCAUCCGGAGCCUGGAACAGCAGCAAGGAGCAGCGAGACAUCCAGAGAGACCAGAGCCCCACCCUGACCCAGGAGGGGAGCCCAUGGAGGACACGAGCGACCCCACCCUCUGCUGGUGCGCCCCCCAGCCCCCCCACAGACAGGCCCUACAUCAGCUAUCCCAUCACGAAAACUCCAGGGCCUUGGCGUGACUGUCAACACGUCCUGGAGUCUGGCGAGACGACGAGUGGGAUCUACCUGCUGCGGCCUCUCGACACUAACCACCUGGUGCAGGUGUGGUGCGAGCAGAGCCAUGCCCAGGGGGGGUGGACUGUCAUCCAGCGAAGACAGGAUGGCUCGGUCAACUUCUUCCGCACUUGGGAGCAGUAUAAGCAAGGUUUCGGGAACCUGGGCGGGGAGUACUGGCUGGGGCUGGAGCACCUGUACUGGCUGACCGCUCAGGACGACUACCGGCUGCGCGUGACACUGGAGGACUGGCAGGGCCGGCAGGUCUACGCCGAGUACGACAGCUUCCGCCUGGAGCCGGAGACCGACUGGUACCGCCUGCGGCUGGGCAGCUACCAAGGCGACGCGGGCGACUCCCUCUCCUGGCACAACAACAAGGCCUUUACCACUCUGGACCGCGACCGUGACGCUUACACUGGAAACUGUGCCCACUACCAGAAGGGUGGAUGGUGGUACCACAUGUGUGCCCACUCUAACCUGAACGGGGUGUGGUACAGGGGAGGGCACUACCGCAGCCGGUACCAGGAUGGGGUCUACUGGGCAGAGUUCCGCGGCGGCUCGUACUCCCUGAAAAAAGUCUCCAUGAUGAUCAAGCCCAUUUAAUUAGCGGCAGAAGGAUCAGAGAGCGCCUUUCGGAACAUGACAGCACUAAUCCCUAAGCAUGAUCUAAACCUUGUAAAAAUUCACCGUGGCAGAGGAGAUGUAGUGACUUUUUUAAAUUUUGAACUCCCGAUUGUUAGCUUUUUAUAUUCCCAUCUGAUUUGAGGGUUGCCAGUUGUGUGUUCUUCAUGUCUCCUGGAUCACGGAUACGAACCGCGAGACCUCACACGGGAGGGAAUGAGGAAGUGUAGGCAGGCUGCUCCGACACGCCCGCCUUCAAGCCACUUGUCCUGAAGGCAUCACAGGCAGCACAGCCCUGUACCGGAGGAUUUACUGAUGUUUGGAGGAGGAGGUCAUCCCAUAACCGUUAGCACCAGUGUCCAGCAAGUGCCCAGGAGGCCGCAGGGGUUGCUGUGUUUGCUGAGAGCCCGGACAAUCCUAGAUGGCUAUUUCUACUCCCUCCUGCUUGGCCAAGUUAACUCUACUGCUCGGGGAAUCCCUGUCGCAAUCAGCACAGUCAGCUACUGACAAGACCCAGCCUGGAGCCUGCAAAGCCCGGGUUCUAUAGCUCGUCCUGUGCUUGGUCGAAUCAUGAAAUCAUGAUAGAAGCGUGGUAAAGCACACAGAGGGGUCUGGUCUGAUGUGACGAAAUCUGUACAAAACAGGACAGAAGCAUGGAAAAAUCACAGGAUGGAAGUUAGAAUUAGCAGAAUUUAUCAUUAUAAACUUUCGGAAAUGGUUUCUGUACCUCAGAUCCAGAGUGUUUAUAAAGCAAGCAGAGCUGGUUACCCGGGGCAGCUGGUGUACAAACCUGUAGUUUGACUAUUAACCAUUCUUGUCUUAGGAUGUAUUUAACGUUGAAGGAAAAACAUGGUCAUAGUUGAUUGUGAAUACUGCAUUUACAUUUAUAUGUACUUCCACUUUAAAAACAAAAUUACCUUUAUUGCAGUAUUUGGUUGGUGGCUGGUUCAAUGUUUUUUGUUUUUUUUCGUGCCCGUCCUGCGUUUCUCUUCAAGUAGAUCAAACAGUCAGCUCUCUUAACUCAGACUCUGUAGCAUCUGUCCUUCUUACAAUGAAAAACCACGGAAAUGACUUGGCAGGAAGCUGAAAGGCUACAGGUGCCUGUCCUUUCGCUCGGCAAUGAGCCCUGCAAGUAUUCCCCUGCCACUUCCUGACUCUUGCCAGGACUGGCAGAUCGAACCAAGCUGCGCUCUCGGCUGUAGACAGCUGAGACUUACCCCCACCAUCCUGAAUCCCGAUCCUCUGCCUACUUUAAUCCUAAUCCUUUUCCAGAAGUGCAGUUCACAUGGGUGGAGCUGUGUGGACCUUGUUCAUCAAAUAAAAAUUGACACUUCAA